AUGUUUUUCAGUCACGUCGUGAGACGGAAAUACUGGGUGUUGUGUCGAGUGUGUCGAUGUUACUUGUGUGAAACCACACGCUCGUGUCCAAUCCCAGGCGUUUUCACCCGAUACGUGCCUCCUGCAAUAGACGCCAUCAAUACCUACUAUGAUCAUGGCGACAUACCCAUUGCAAUUCAGAAGCCUCUCGACAAUAACAUGAGUAUAUCUGUCUCUUCGCCACACUCUGCAUUGUUCCUGACAGCCACGCUCCAGACGAGAAACCCCACAUUUCCUCGGGACAAUGAGUACCUCACUGGCUUGACAUUCAAUUUUCCCCAGGACAUAGGUAACGGGAGCAAUACAAAAGAACCGGUCGCCCUCUACCGUCGCUUACUCGCGACAAGCCUGGAUCACAGCAUCAUGAUCGCAAAUAUUAGCUUUCACGAUAAUCUCUAUAAUCUCCUCCUCUCACCACCUGACAAAACCACACCUCUCUCAGGACCAAAGCUCAUCAAGAAUAAAAAUUGCCGAGCUAGUUGUACAGGGUAA